GGGAUGACGCACAUACCAUUUCAGAUACAAUCCUGCGUCGCGUCAACGAAUGCGGCAUCCAGUGAUUUGGGCAUGCUGUUCAUGACAGCCAGUGAACGACGUUUGUAGUCUGGGAAUCAUGGUGUCCCUAUAACCCGCUCAUCAACAGCAGAACCUGGAAGUUAUUCAGGCAUGCAGCACACCUAUGCCCAGGGCCUCCGAGUAGCCACUCUCCGACUCCGACUCGUGCGCGUUGUGCCUGCACCCUUGGUAUUGCCGCCCGCCGUCUGUCCGCCCUCCCUGCUCGUAGCUACGUCCGGGCCCAUGGUCCGCUCGUCAGCUACGCUUUACGGUGGCACUUUGCCCUGCAUGCUCGCACGCCUCUGCGCACGCGUACGUCAGCCGUGCCUGCGUGCAGUAAGUGUUCGCCCAUCGCGCUCGCGGUUGAUGUGUGCGCUGUCGCCUGCGGGCUCUCCCACCCAUCCACUCGCUUGCCUAUCCGAUUGCCCGUCCACGCCUGCUCGCCCGCCUGCCCGCUCGCUCCGCGCGCGUCCGUCGGCCGUGUCUGCGUGCUGGGCAUUCGCCCGGUGCGCUCGUGGUCGGUGUGUGUAUCGCGCUUCAUGGCGCCACGGCGACUGCGCCCUGCGCCUGCCACAUUCUCCCAUCCGUCCGAUUCCUUCGCUGAUGCACCCGUGGUCCGGUCGUCGGCCGUGUUUGUGUGCUGGGCUUAUGCCCUGCGCGUUCACGGUCAACGUGUGUUCUGUGUGCCCGGACCUGCCGACCAUACCCCACGCCCGUUCUUAGCCAGCUCGCUCGCGUGCAAUAAUGGCACUCAUCUUCGUGUCU